UGUUCCGCGUGCGUGUAUACAUAUAUGUAACGGUUGAUAUCUCAUAUUAAAUGUAAAGUAUUCAACAGCGCGUAAAAGUGGCCCGCGGCUGAUCUGAGAUUGAUUGGUUUUGUCUGCAGAAAUCAUGGCGUCCUGACGUCUUCGGCAGAGUUUUGUUAUCCAGUACUGAAGUAUGCAAAAAUGUGUUAGCCGGUGGUCCUUUACAGCGAGUUUUCUUCAGAUUUGAUGAUAUUGACCACUGUUUUCAUUCGAGCUAUUAGACGUGUUUCAACUCUCUCCGUCAGAAUGAGUGAUCCGGCUGUAAAGAGGGUAGUGAGUGAUAUCAUUCGCUCUCCAGAAGACAAGCGGGAGUAUCGAGGACUUGAGUUUACAAAUGGGCUGAAAGCCGUUCUCAUCAGUGACCCCACCACUGACAAAUCAUCAGCCGCACUGGAUGUCCACAUAGGUUCUUUGUCAGAUCCCGAGAACAUUUCAGGUCUGGCCCACUUCUGUGAGCACAUGCUGUUUCUAGGAACCAAGAAGUACCCCAAAGAGAACGAGUACAGCCAGUUUUUGAGCGAGCAUGCCGGCAGCUCCAAUGCCUUCACCAGUGGAGAGCACACCAAUUACUACUUUGAUGUAUCCCAUGAGCAUCUGCAAGGGGCUUUGGACAGAUUUGCCCAGUUCUUUCUCUGUCCACUCUUUGAUGAGAGCUGUAAGGACCGAGAAGUGAACGCAGUGGAUUCAGAACAUGAGAAGAAUCUCAUGAAUGAUGCAUGGCGGCUGUUUCAGUUGGAGAAAGCCACUGGGAACCCCAAACAUCCUUUUAGCAAGUUUGGCACUGGCAAUAAGUUAACCCUCGAGACAAGGCCAUCUCAACAGGGCAUUGAUAUCCGUGAGGAGUUGCUCAAGUUUCACUCCACCUACUAUUCUUCCAAUGUUAUGGGAUUGUGUGUGCUGGGCAGAGAGUCGCUAGAUGAUUUGACAUCUAUGGUGGUAAAGCUUUUUGGAGAGGUCGAGAACAAGAAUGUCCCUGUCCCAGAAUUCCCUUCACACCCUUUCCAGGAAGAACACCUGAGGCAAUUUUAUAAAGUCGUGCCUAUCAAGGACAUUAGAAACUUGUAUGUGACCUUCCCUAUCCCAGACCUGCAGAAAUACUACAAAUCAAAUCCUGGUCAUUAUCUGGGCCAUCUGAUUGGACAUGAGGGUCCAGGGAGUCUUCUGUCUGAGCUCAAAGCUAAAGGAUGGGUAAACACACUAGUUGGAGGCCAGAAAGAAGGAGCAAAAGGAUUCAUGUCCUUCAUUAUUAAUGUGGACUUAACAGAAGAGGGGCUGUUGCAUGUCGAGGAUAUCAUCUUCCACAUGUUCCAGUAUAUUCAGAAGCUGCGGACAGAGGGCCCUCAAGAGUGGGUCUUUCAGGAGUGUAAGGAUUUGAACACUGUGGCUUUCAGAUUUAAGGAUAAGGAACGUCCUCGUGGAUACACGUCUAAAGUGGCUGGACUACUGCAUUACUAUCCACUGGAGGAAGUCUUGGCUGCCGAAUACUUGCUGGAGGAGUUCAGGCCAGACUUGAUCGAGAUGGUGCUUGAUAAACUGAGACCAGAGAAUGUCAGGGUCGCUGUUGUCUCUAAAUCAUUUGAAGGGCAGACAGACCGGACUGAGGAGUGGUACGGCACGCAGUACAGACAGGAAGCUAUUACUGAUGAUGCUAUUAAGAAAUGGCAAAAUGCUGACCUCAAUGGAAAGUUCAAACUGCCAAUGAAGAAUGAAUUCAUCCCGACAAACUUUGAGAUUUAUCCUCUAGAAAAGGAUUCCCCCUCUGUCCCCGCUCUGAUAAAGGACACAGCAAUGAGCAAAGUUUGGUUCAAACAGGAUGACAAAUAUUUCCUACCCAAGGCUUGUUUAAACUUUGAGUUUUUCAGUCGCUACCUAUAUGCAGACCCACUGCACUGCAACAUGACUUACCUGUUUCUCAGGUUGUUGAAGGAUGAUUUGAGAGAGUAUACAUAUGCAGCCCGCCUGGCAGGGUUGGUCUAUGGCAUAGCUUCAGGAAUGAAUGCCAUCCUUCUGUCAGUCAAGGGUUAUAAUGACAAACAACACAUCCUGCUGAAGAAGAUCAUCGAGAAAAUGGCCACGUUUGAGAUCGAUGAGAAGCGCUUUGAUAUCAUUAAGGAAGCGUACAUGAGGUCUCUGAAUAACUUCCGCGCGGAGCAGCCUCACCAGCACGCCAUGUAUUACCUGCGGCUGCUCAUGACUGAGGUGGCCUGGACCAAAGACGAGCUCCGAGACGCUCUGGAUGAUGUGACGUUACCUCGUCUGAAGGCGUUCAUACCGCAGCUGUUGUCACGGUUACACAUUGAAGCCCUGUUGCAUGGCAACAUCACCAAACAGUCUGCUCUGGGCAUGAUGCAAAUGUUGGAGGACACUCUCAUUGAGCACGCUCACACUAAACCCCUCCUGCCGAGUCAGCUCAUUCGCUACAGGGAAGUGCAGGUACCUGACGGUGGCUGGUAUGUUUACCAGCAGAGGAAUGAGGUUCAUAAUAACUGUGGAAUUGAGAUUUACUAUCAGACUGACAUGCAGAACACGCAUGAGAACAUGCUGCUGGAGCUCUUCUGUCAAAUCAUCUCUGAGCCAUGCUUCAACACGCUACGCACCAAAGAACAGCUGGGUUACAUUGUGUUCAGCGGCCCCCGCAGGGCCAAUGGAGUGCAGGGACUGCGUUUCAUCAUCCAGUCUGAAAAAGCUCCUCACUACCUGGAGUCUCGGGUGGAGGCCUUCCUCAAGACGAUGGAGAAGAGUGUGGAGGAGAUGGGAGAGGAAGCGUUUCAGAAACACAUCCAGGCACUGGCUAUUCGCCGUCUUGACAAACCCAAGAAGCUGGCAGCUGAAUGCUCCAAGUACUGGGGAGAAAUCAUCUCCCAACAGUACAACUUCGACAGGGAUAACAUUGAAGUGGCUUACCUGAAGACACUGACAAAGGAACACAUUAUGCAGUUUUACAGGGACUUGUUGGCCAUUGAUGCCCCCAGAAGACACAAAGUGUCUGUGCAUGUGAUGUCUAGAGAGAUGGACUCCUGCCCACUGGUUGGAGAGUUUCCUGCUCAAAAUGAUGUCAAUCUGCCUCCUGCCCCUUCACUUCCUCAGCCAUCAUUGGUUCAGGAUAUGACUGAAUUCAAAAGGAGUCUGCCGCUGUUCCCUCUCACCAAACCUCACAUCAAUUUCAUGGCUGCCAAACUGUGACCAGCAUCAUGGGAUUGUCAGAAACACCCAAAUAUGGAGCCAGUAACACCACUUUGUUUGUGUGUGUGUGUGUUUGCGUGUGUGUGUAAGCAGGCCACGAAAGAGCCGCUUGCAACAUUUUUUUGUUGUGGUCUGCGUCAGACAUGCACACCUGAUAUCUCAGAUACAUAGAAAACAUAGAAAGUUUGUUUCACGUUGCUUCUGUCAGGAAAUUUGUAUCCCUGUAUAAUAUAGGAAUCACUCGCUGGCCACAAUGACACUUUCUCAUUGUUGGGUUUCAUUUCAAAAUGCGGUUUCAUUUCAUUUAUACCACUGUUAAGCAAAACCACGAGAAACCGUUUGGAGAGGCUGUUGUGUAAUUUAUCAAGACAAGUCUCUCUUAAAAAUGAAAUAACUGGCCUUAAGAUAAUUUUAAUCCGUAAUCAGGUUUUCUGGUUUUCACCUUUUUUAAAGUUUAAUCUAUUUGCUUUGAGUUGUUUUUAGUUUCUGUGCAUGUUGGCAGAGUUUUAUCUUUAAGGAUAGUGUUGUAAAUGCAAGGUGGUUUUCUUGAUGGACUUUGAUUUUAUUUGCGGUUGAAAAAAUAUAAUAAACAAUUUUAAUAUCCUUUUCAUUUGCUUAUUUAAGUUGCUUUGUCCUUAAACGAUUCACAGUAUACCUGAAACCCUGUUCCUCUGACCUAAACUCGGUGUCAAAAUAGAAAUACAAAUUCCACUCAAUGAAACAUGAAUUAUGUAAAACCUCACAUAAGACAGGUUAAAGACACUUGAUUUGAGUUUUAAGUUUUACACAGUUAAAUGCAACCGUUUAUGCACCGCUGCUUUUUCAAAAGAUUUAACAUGAAUGAUGUAGAUUUUGUUUUUCAGGAUGCUUAAUUUGAUCCAAUUCGCCCAUAUAAUAUCCACAUGCAACAUGACAACAUUUCAGGAGUUGUUGCGAGAAACCAACCUUGAAUUCCCCUUUAACUGGGUUUGUUUUACUUCUAAUGUCUUGUGAUUUGUGCACUCCUCAAGCAAUAAUGUGACAUACAGGACCUAUGACUAGUGUCUGAAACGCUAUACUAGGCAUUUUUCUUGACAUGGUUUGAGCUUGGAUCCGAGAAACUUAAUUAGAUGAGAACUAGACUUGGUCUGUGCUCAGAAAACCCUCCUGUGAUGUGUUUGAAGGCUGUUAUUCCUUAGCGCUGAUGCAGGAACAUCCUGUCAGUGUGUAAUCCAUGUGUGUCCUCAUCUCAGGUGUGUGUUAGCCUGGUUUCAAGCCAAGUCUUCAACAUCACUUGUUGCUAAUGCUGUGAUUUAUUCUGGAUUUACUCAGGCGUAUCAAAUCGACUGUAUGCUGCAUUUUUUAGAAACUCAACGACCAUCCUACCGCGUCCAAUAAAAUAAAUGAAUACUGUUUCAUGCCCCGCAAAACAAACUGAUAUCAGACUCUUAAGAUGAGUUUGGUUGUAUCACUAGGAUGGAUAUACUCAGGCAUCUCUCUGCAUUGGUUUUAGUGGUCUGUAUUUUUGCUUUUGAAUUUAAAGGAAUAGUUCAGAGUAUCCAUACAUUUUUAAUGAAAUUAAAUUUAACUUCUAGAUGACUUUAAAUUCCAAAGAUGCAUUUUGCAUGCAGUCGGAGCAUUUGUUGCACCCCAAAUCCCUUUAACUGUUCUAGAAUCAGCUCGGAGUUCUGUAGGUCAGUGAUUGCCGUCUCCUGUAACCCGAUGUCAUGUGUUUAGCUCAUACUGUAAGCAGCAUAUUAGAGUAAAGAAAUCUAGAAGAGCAGGGUUUAAUGAAAGUUACUUUGCAUGAAUGAGCAUAAGAUGUUACAUUGACCAAAUCCAAGAAAUGUAUGUACCAAACCGCUGUUGUGAGGUGGAAACGGUUCUAUGGUUGAGAUCUCUCGUGUUUAUUAGGUGGUUUUGAAGUGCAUCUGGGGAAUGUGUAUCUGUGGGACAGCUUUCUGUGUUUCUGAUAAUUAAACAAUGGUAUGAACUCA